UUCCGCUCCUGAGCAGCUUCGAACGCGGAGCCGCGCGUCUACCGCCCGCUGGUGGAGCUGACGGCGGACGAGGUGUCGCUCAUCUACUCGGAGCAGAGCUACCAGCAGCGCCUGCGCCGCUACAAGGAGGCCGUGCGGAGGGCGUGCGGGCUGCACGUGUGGACGUGGGACGACCUCACCGGCUGCUUCCCGUGCCGCCUGGCCGACACCUACACCGUCCCGCCCGCGAGCCACGAGGAGGAGAAGAGGUUAGACAAGAAGAUCGUUUCCUCCGAGAAAUUGCAAAUCACCGUACGUCAUAUCCGCGAAGAUCUCGAAGAUGAGGAGAAAGAACUGGAGAUGAAGUUUUUGAAAUUGGAAGAAAAUAUGAAACGAAGUGCACUUGAAGAUUCAGAUGGUUAUCAAUCGGAUAAAACAGAGAAAAGUGAGGAAUCAAACGCUGUGUCACCGGCGACUUCGGAUGAAUCUUCAAAGGAUCAGCUGGGAAAUAGGAAUAGGAAUAGUGACGAUGGAAGUUCCGAAGGUUCUAAAAAUGGAAUAAACUUUUUGGAGCAUCUGGUUCUUUCCAACUCCAGACGUAAAGGUUUUAUUCCAGGCAGAGCCACCUUGGAACGAGCAAAAAUUCGCCAACGUCAAGCGGAAGAGAAAAGAAUGAAAGAACUCCUCAAGGACGAGAAGAAAGUAAAGAGAUCGUGCAUGAGGAUACACCGUCCUCGAUAUUUGAACCAAGAUGCGCGAAAAUGUAAUAACGCUUCUUCGUUGCCAUUCACAAAACCUGACAUUAAUGCCGGUAACGAAAAGCAAUUCCCGGCCAGAAAUACAUCAAAAAUUCCCGAUCCUCAAGCUAAACGUAGGCCCUCCAGAGACGAUGAUUCCAGUUCAGGCACAGUCAUUCCACCUCGCUCGAAAACUGAAUCAAAUGGUGUUAACGCAAUCAACGAAACCAAGUCCACGAUUCCAAAGGGUAUUUCUAAUAAAAAUUCGAAAGUAAAGUCCAAUGCCAAUAAUUGUUUUCAUCGAGCAGGUGUUGACAAUUUAGAAGUCGAUGUUCCUUGCACGAAAUUCGUGUCAGCUGGUGCAGACACUAACUACAAAGGAAAGCUCCCGUUUACAAGGAGGUUUGUGAGGCAAAGCUUGAAAGCAAGAAUUCCCAAUAUUUUUCGGCUAGUAGAGAACAGCAAUCUUGAUCGUGGUGACACAAGUCCAUCCUCCAUUGACAUGGUCCCAAAAAGAACCACGAAGGGUAUGAAAACAUCAAAUUUCCAUGGCAAAGGCAGUAUUAUACGAGUUCAAAAUGAAAAUCUGAAUCAAAGUGACGCAAAUCACGUCAUUAUUGAAAAAACAUUUGAAGUAAAUUUUACAGAGAAGUCUCCAAAUGCGUACAAUAUUCCCAAUAAAAAGAAGUUUGGUCCAGUUAGUCAUCCCUUUUUGGGUCCCGAAGAUGCAUCUCAUGACGUUGAAAAGCUGUCUGAAAGUGGAGUACGCUUUCCAUCACUGGUCAAAGCACAAAAGUCUAUUUUAAAGGUUCCUCAUACUGCUAUUGGAAAUAAACCUAUUUCAAAAAGUUCUCAUACAACUCUUCCACCAGGACCCUGUAUCAAGUCCAAUAGUAGUAAAUCCAAUGUUUCUUGUGUUUCACCUAAAAACAUGCUAAAGCAUGUUCGGUUCGACACAUCUCCCAUCUUGUAUCCUCGGGCAUUAGACGAACACGGAAAGUUCAACGAGAUUCUUCACGCAUAACAACCUUCUUUUUCCUAUGUUAAUUUUAUUCUGUCUUUUCAUGGUUGAUUGAGCAUUUUUUCAUUCAGUAUUACUAUUUUCAUUAAGCUGUUUGUUCAAUCAAAAUGUUCACACUAAUCUUUCCUACUCAUCAUUUAAUGCAGCUUAUUUGUAUUCACCAAAGUAAUAAUUGAUUUUUACAUAUAUUAUUGUUUUUCAAAGUGUAUCUAUUGACAUUUUUACUAAAAAU